AUGGCCCCGCGCGCCCGGCCGGCCCCAGCGCCUGUCCGGUCAGCAUCUUCACCGCUGCCCGCGCUGAAGCUGGCGCUGGAGUACAUCGUGCCCUGCAUGAACAAGCACGGCAUCUGCGUGGUGGACGACUUCCUGGGCCGCGACACCGGCCAGCGCGUCGGCGACGAGGUGCGCGCGCUGCACGACACCGGCCGCUUCACCGACGGCCAGCUGGUCAGCCAGAAGAGCGACUCGUCCCGGGACAUCCGCGGCGACCAGAUCACCUGGGUAGAGGGCAAGGAGCCCGGUUGCCACACCAUCGGUCUGCUCAUGAGCAGCAUGGACGACCUCAUCCGCCACUGCAGCGGCAAGCUGGGCAACUACCGCAUCAACGGCCGGACGAAGGCUAUGGUAGCUUGUUACCCCGGCAACGGAACGGGCUACGUUCGCCACGUUGAUAAUCCGAAUGGAGACGGCAGAUGUGUGACCUGUAUAUAUUAUCUAAAUAAAGACUGGGAUGCCAAGGUAAGUGGAGGUAUACUUCGAAUUUUUCCAGAAGGCAAAGCCCAGUUUGCUGACAUUGAACCCAAAUUUGAUAGACUGCUGUUUUUCUGGUCUGACCGUCGCAACCCUCAUGAAGUACAACCAGCAUAUGCUACAAGGUACGCAAUAACUGUUUGGUAUUUUGAUGCAGAUGAACGAGCAAGAGCUAAAGUAAAAUAUCUCACAGGAGAGAAGGGUGUGAGGGUUGACCUCAAUAAACCGUCGGAUUCCAUCAGUAAGGAUGUCCAGUAGGGCCUCUGCCCAGCGACGGGGCCUCUGCCUAGCGAUGCGGCGUCUGCCCCAGGGGUGCCCACCUCACUGGCCGGGAUUCAGGAGCCAUCUGCUGACUUCGUGUGGACACGGUGACAGGAGAAGGAAGGAGGCGCCGGAUGGCAUUUCACAGGACAGAGACAGCUGUUGUUGGCCGACGGAGCAGAGGAGUGGCUGCCGUGUCCCGCGUGGCGGCCCCCCUGCGUCUGCCUGUGCCUGUGCCCGUGCCAGCGCCGGACAGGAACUAAGGCCCUGUGUAGAGUUGUUUUCAUUUUUAUAUUUUGCCAGAUCUGUCAUUUAGCUGAGUUCAUUUCAUCUCUCUCUUUUUUAUAUCAAGUUUGAAUUUGGGAUAAUUUUUGUAUGAUUAGGUACAAUUUAUCAAAACUGAAUUGAGAAAAAAAUGACAGUAUUAUUCCUCAAAAUAACAUCAAUCUAUUUUUGUAAACUUCGUACUAUUAAAUUUUGCCCUCAAAGACCUCUUGCAAUGAUUGUUGCCAGUGACUGGUGAUCCUUUUUUGUUUUUUGGGUUUUUUUAAACUGAAAUGAGGAAGGAGCACUUUAGUUGUAAACUGAAAACCCGGAAUUUUACUUGGCCUGUCUCACGCUAAUCUGAACUCUGGAAGAUCGCUGUGUUUUUGGCAUUGUCAUAAUGAAACCUAACUGUAGACUGUUACCCCUGAGUAGCAAGUAACCUUUAGUACAUGAUUUUACAAGGGAAAAAAAAAAGAUGGGAAGAAGGGCGUAACCUUUUAUUUAUUUAUUUUUUUAACCAAGUGACUGGCAUUAUGUGAACUUGAGACUUCAGGUUCCUAAGUCAAAGGGCUUUCUUCUGCUCCACCAGUCUCCCUCUGCUUCUCCUCCCUGGUCCCGGGCUGUGUGUCAGCUGCAGGGCGGCAAGCAGCCGGCCAGGGGGUAGGGGGGGGGUUGCCGGUGUGGGGAGACCAGGAGAAGGGGCUGCGGGCUCUUGGGCCAGCCAAGGCCUCCUCCCAGACCCCACAUCCAUGUCAAGCCCGGCAUCCUGUCUUCACGUGCCUGAACUUGGAGCGAAGCCCCGAGGGUGGCACCCGUCCUUCCUGAGGCUUGGCCCCUGGGGCUGCCGCCUGUCUUUGGUCUGCUUUACUGGAAGGGGGCUGUGCAGAAAUCGCUGUUCUUCCGGGCGUGGCCGACUCGGCCUCUGCACCUCACUGUCACUCAUGGCAGCUGUGCGUGCAGACGUGGGGCUCGCCGUGCCGUCCAUGGCCGUGUUCAGCGCUGCCCCGCGUCCUCCCCUCACCCCUGGUGACCACCAACACCUCUCCAGCAAGUGCCUCUGCGAGCCGGGCCGGGCCGGCCCUCCCCCCUCCCCCACCCAGGAAUGCUGGGCGGGCUUCGGGGCUUUGCCACCCAGCCUGCGUGUGUCAGGCUGCUGUGAGGCCACGCGCCCCCCUCCCU